AUGGUCUCUAGAUCUAGUGAGGGGAAUGAGGGGCCCCCUCCGUCCUCGAGGACUCCUGGAACUCCAGCCAAAGCGCGAGUCGCCAAACUCGGAUCCAGCCCCUCGAAACGGGACGAAAAAUCCGGCGAGGGCAGAGUGGUAAAGUCAUCUGCGAAAGAUGUCGCCGAGCUCAAAGAUUAUCAAUUGGGCGACUGUUUGGGUAGAGGCGCAUUCGGUUCAGUGUAUAGGGCGCUAAACUGGAACACCGGGGAGACUGUUGCUGUGAAGCAGAUCAAGUUGGCCGACCUCCCGAAAAGCGAAUUACGAGUUAUAAUGUUGGAAAUCGACCUUUUGAAGAACCUAGAUCAUCCUAAUAUCGUCAAGUACCAUGGUUUCGUCAAGUCUGCUGAAACCUUAAACAUUAUCUUGGAGUAUUGUGAGAAUGGCUCCUUGCACUCCAUCUCCAAGAACUUCGGUCGCUUUCCCGAAAAUUUGGUCGGGUUAUACAUGUCGCAAGUUCUCCAUGGGCUUUUAUAUCUGCACGAACAGGGUGUCAUUCAUAGAGAUAUUAAAGGCGCAAACAUCCUCACGACAAAGGAGGGACUCGUCAAACUUGCAGACUUCGGUGUCGCCAGCCGCACUACUGGACUGAGCGAAUCGAGCGUCGUUGGUACGCCGUACUGGAUGGCUCCCGAGGUGAUUGAACUUUCAGGCGCAACUACAGCCUCAGAUAUCUGGAGUCUCGGGUGUACGGUCAUCGAAUUGCUUGAAGGAAAACCUCCCUACUACAAUCUUCAGCCCAUGCCGGCGCUGUUCCGUAUUGUUAAUGAUGACCAUCCUCCUCUUCCACAAGGCGCCUCCCCGGCAGUCAAAGACUUCCUGAUGCAAUGCUUCCAGAAAGAUCCUAAUCUUCGUGUCUCUGCAAGAAAGCUCCUGAAACACCCUUGGAUCGUGAAUGCUCGUAGAUCGGACUCAGUGGUGCCGAAGAAGUCUACGGAGUAUGAAGAAGCGGUCAGAAGCGUCCAAGAAUGGAACGAGGCUCUGCGGUCUCCUGGUGCGGGAACUUUACGGAAGCCAUUCAGACACGAUCAUCAGACUCCAAGUCCGCUUCGUCGCAAUCAGCCGCCGUCUCGAAACACCCCCACUAAAGACGCCCUUCCAGCCCCCGUUGUCAGCAAUGCCAAAGAUCAAUCCCUGUUGUCGAACGCAACUGCCGAAGAUAAUUGGGACGAUGACUUUGCAACUGCCAUUUCUCCUAGUGCGCUGCAGCUACCACAUCUUCGACCGCAUGAUAAUUUCGGAGGAAUGCUUUCCUCUGAGAAGCUCAAGGCAUUUGCCUCACUAGAUGGGACGGUUGUCAAAUCCGAGGAUAGUUUUGAAGACUUCAACGACUCGUUUCGGACUACUUUGCACUGCGGAGAGUCGGAUCCUCUGCAGACUAUCCGACCUUUUCCAUUCAGGCAGACCGGCGCGGACGAUGGAUUCGCCCAAAAUUCGCCGCUCCAGAUGGAGUCCAAAAGGUCUACUCCUUUCGUACAUAACGUCCCAAAUCUGACGCAGAAUCCUGUUCCACCUUCGAGACAGUCUCGUCCAGCCUCAUUUUACAAGGAGAACUCAGUAGAGGAUUAUUCUGAUCUCAUAAUAACUGACGAAGACGUUCUAGGCCGAAAACUCAACAUUGUGAAAGAGACCGAUGAAGAUCAAUAUCCCUCGAAUUUCGCAGACCUUCCGCCGUCAAAGGAGAUAGUCCGAUAUCAAACACCCUCUCAGGAUGACGAGCAGGAACCCCAAUUACGGAGGCAGCUCUCAACCAAGCGUCAUAGAUCAGCGGUAGAAAUUCACAGAUUUGCCGAGAACGAGAGAGACGAAGACUUCUCUGAUAUCUUGGGGGCUGAGGAGGUGGCCCUAGACAAGCCGGACAGCGAUGGUAGCUCGGAUAGAAGCACCUUGAUGCUCAAUUCACGACACUCAAACAAUUCUUGGCUCGGAGACCAAGACGACGAAGAUGAUCCAUUCGCCCAGUUAGAGGAAGGGCUCGAUGAAAUGGACUUGGAAGCCAACAUUGCGCGCGAUAAGUAUGCUAGACUCCGUGGUCAAGUCGAAGGGCUAGUGAGCUCUUUGAAGACCUCUCAAGAUGAAGACGUACUUGAGGAUAUCUCAGAGCAAUUGUUGACGAUAUUCUGUGAUCUUCCGGAAACGAAAAAUAUCAUUAUGAGCGCCCACGGCAUGCUACCGAUACUAGAGAUUCUUGAUACAUGCCGCCGACGCGACGUCGUCUCAUGUCUCCUGAAAAUUGUUAAUGCAAUUAUCUAUGAGGAUUACGAGAUUCAAGAGAACUUGUGUUUCGUUGGGGGAAUCCCAAUCAUCAAUGAAUUCGCUUCGAAGAAGUACCCGCGCGAGAUCCGACUGGAGGCAGCUGCUUUUGUACAGCAGAUGUAUCAAACUUCUACCCUGACCCUUCAGAUGUUUGUCAGCGCCGGAGGGUUGAAUGUUCUUGUGGAAUUUUUGGAGGACGAUUAUGAGGAUGAACGAGAUCUGGUCCUUAUAGGCGUCAAUGGAAUUUGGAGCGUCUUUGAGCUGCAAGGAUCAACGCCAAAGAAUGAUUUCUGCAGAAUUCUGUCUCGCAGUUCGGUCCUAGACCCUCUUUCACUCGUAUUGAGCCGAGUAUUGGACGAAGGUGGAGAACUCGCCGAAAUAGUCGAGGGACGCAUUGCCAGCAUCUUCUUCGUCUUCUCUCAGGCUGAAAAUCAUGUGAAGGAGAUGGUUGCCGAACGAACUGUUUUGCACAGGGUGCUGAAGGAACUGAAGCGCAUGACUCCUGCUCAUCAAAUUACCAUGUUGAAGUUUAUCAAGAACUUGUCCAUGCUGUCAACUACACUUGACUCUCUGCAGAACUCAAACGCCAUUGACGUGCUGACUGAUCUUUUGCGGUCAACCAUCAAACGGCCACACUUCCGAGAAGUCUCCAACCAGAUCCUGAAUACAAUCUACAACAUGUGUCGUCUAAAUAAGUCCCGGCAAGAGGACGCUGCGUUGAACGGUAUCGUGCCGCUGCUCCAAAAGAUUGUUAAGACUGAGCGACCCUUAAAGGAAUUCGCUUUACCAAUCCUCUGCGACAUGGCACAUUCCGGAAAAGUUGGCCGUCGUGAGCUAUGGCGCAAUAGAGGAUUGCCUUUCUAUAUAUCCCUGCUUUCCGACCCUUACUGGCAGGUCACUGCCUUGGAUGCCAUCUUUACCUGGCUACAGGAAGAAACGGCGAAGGUCGAGGAGCACUUGCUCAGUUACCACCCCGAUCAGCCAUCAUUCACAGAGUCCAUUAUCAGAUGCUUAACAGUCUCGAAGGCUAAUGCUUUUGAGAAUCUCCUCGAACCGCUUCAAAAGCUCCUUAGGCUGAGCCCUCCCAUAGCAUUGACAUUCGCCCGGGAAGACAUGUUUGUCCGGAUCAGGCAAAAAUUGCAUCACAACAAAGCUGCUGUUCGCUUGAACCUUCUGCGAAUCAUAUCCAGUAUCUGUGAGGCCAGCGAAGACCAAGGUGGUCUUCUGGCAGAGUAUGGCCUUCUUGAAGCAAUCAGAGAACUGGAGCAUGAUCCGGCUAUCCUCGUUCGGGACAUGGCUGGAAAACUCAUUCAGGCUAAUGAGAGAAGCGAAUCCUAUGGAUUAGGGAAGCGCAGGCCAGGUGUGAGGCGAGGAAGUACAGCUACUACUCCGCCGGGUCUUUUGACAAACCAGUCUGCUCCGAGUACUCCUUCGAUGCCUCGCACAAGUCAGUCGAAAAGCUACUUCGAUGGACGCGAGGUCCAGAGGCACCCGCGAAAUGCUCUCAGUGGGUCAGCGCUGGCGCUGCGGCCUGCUAGUAGAGAUGGUGCAAGUCCCGCUCUUGCCGUAGGUGCAAGCAAGGGCUCCAAUGCCUCAAGCGCUUCCAGAAAUCGGCUACCGCGUGGGAUGUCUAGCAAUAGACUGUCCCACGUCGAACUUCUACCUGAGGAAGACAGCAGGUCGCAGAGCUCAUUGUCACGUCGACCCUCCAUCCUCCCGCGACGCCGGCGUCAAACACAUGCUGAUGGUGACUGGUGA